ACCAUGGUGGACCCGGUGGGCUUCGCCGAGGCGUGGAAGGCGCAGUUCCCGGACUCGGAGCCGCCGCGCAUGGAGCUGCGCUCGGUGGGCGACAUAGAGCAGGAGUUGGAGCGCUGCAAGGCCUCCAUCCGGCGCCUGGAGCAGGAGGUGAACCAGGAGCGCUUCCGCAUGAUCUACCUGCAGACGCUGCUGGCCAAGGAGAAGAAGAGCUACGACCGACAGCGCUGGGGCUUCCGGCGCGCGGCGCAGCCCCACGACGGCGCCGCCGAGCCCCGCGCGCCGCGCCCCCAGCCCGCGCCAGCCGACUGCACCGACCCGCCGCCCGCCGACGAGCCCGAGGCCCGGCUCGACGGGGAGGGCUCCCCGGGCAAGGCCAGGCCCGCGGCCACGCGUAGGCCCGGGGCCGCUGCUCCCGCGGACCGCGACGACCGCGGGCCCCCCACCAGCGUGGCGGCCCUGCGUUCCAAUUUCGAGAGGAUCCGCAAGGGCCCCGUCCAGCCGGCGGCGGCGGACGCCGAGAAGCCCUUCUACGUGAACGUCGAGUUCCACCACGAGCGCGGCCUGGUGAAGGUCAACGACAAAGACGUGUCGGACCGCAUAAGCUCCCUGGGCAGCCAGGCCAUGCAGAUGGAGCGCAAGAAGUCCCAGCAGGGCGCGGGGCCCGGCCCUGGGGACCCGCCCAGGCCCUCCUACCGCGGACGCCUCUCCGAGAGCAGCUGCGGCCUCGACGGCGACUUUGAGGACGCGGAGCUGAACCCGCGUUUCCUGAAGGACAACUUGAUCAACGCCAAUGGCGGCGGCAGGCCCCCCUGGCCGCCGCUGGAGUACCAGCCCUACCAGAGCAUCUAUGUCGGGGGCAUGAUGGUGGAAGGGGAGGGCAAGGGCUCGCUCCAGCGCAGCCAGAGCACCUCGGAGCAGGAGAAGCGCCUUACCUGGCCCCGGAGGUCCUACUCCCCUCGGAGCUUUGAGGACAGCGGAGGCGGCUAUACCCCGGACUGCAGCUCCAACGAGAACCUCACGUCCAGCGAGGAGGACUUCUCCUCCGGCCAGUCCAGCCGCGUGUCCCCGAGCCCCACCACCUACCGCACGUUCCGGGACAAGAGCCGCUCACCAUCGCAGAACUCCCAGCAAUCCUUCGACAGCAGCAGUCCCCCCACACCCCAGUGCCAGAAGCGGCACCGGCAGGGCCCGGUGGUCGUGUCCGAGGCCACCAUCGUGGGCGUCCGCAAGACGGGGCAGAUCUGGCCCAGCGAUGGGGACAGCUUGUCCAGCAGGCUGCUUCAAGACGGCACCUUCCAUGGAGACGCAGAUGCACCAUUUGGGACGCCGCCGGGGUACGGCUGUGCCACUGACCGGGCCGAGGAGCAGCGCCGGCACCAGGACGGGCUGCCCUACGUGGAUGACUCACCCUCCUCCUCGCCCCAUCUCAGCAGCAAGGGCAGGGGCAGCCGGGAUGCACCGGAGUCCACCAAAGUGAGUGAGCUGGACUUGGAAAAGGGCUCGGAGAUGAGGAAAUGGGUCCUGUCUGGAAUCCUGGCUAGCGAGGAGACUUACCUGAGCCACCUGGAGGCGCUGUUGCUGCCCAUGAAACCUUUGAAGGCUGCUGCCACCACCUCUCAGCCGGUGCUGACGAGCCAGCAGAUCGAGACCAUCUUCUUCAAAGUGCCUGAGCUCUAUGAGAUCCACAAGGAGUUCUACGAUGGGCUUCUCCCCCGCCUGCAGCAGUGGAGCCACCAGCAGCGCGUGGGCGACCUCUUCCAGAAGCUGGCCAGCCAGCUGGGUGUGUACCGGGCCUUUGUGGACAACUAUGGAGUUGCCAUGGAAACGGCUGAGAAGUGCUGUCAGGCCAACGCUCAGUUUGCAGAAAUCUCUGAGAACCUGAGAGCCAGAAGCAGCAAAGAUGCCAAGGACCAAACGACCAAGAACUCUCUGGAGACCCUGCUCUACAAGCCUGUGGACCGGGUCACGAGGAGCACACUGGUCCUGCAUGACUUGCUGAAACACACCCCCUCUGGCCACCCCGACCACCUGCUGCUGCAAGAUGCUCUCCGCAUCUCGCAGAACUUCCUGUCCAGCAUUAACGAGGAGAUCACGCCCCGCCGGCAGUCCAUGACCGUGAAGAAGGGAGAGCACCGGCAGCUGCUGAAGGACAGCUUCAUGGUGGAGCUGGUGGAGGGGGCCCGCAAGCUGCGGCAUGUCUUCCUCUUCACUGACCUGCUCCUGUGCACCAAGCUCAAGAAGCAGAGCGGAGGCAAAACCCAGCAAUACGACUGCAAAUGGUAUAUCCCGCUCACGGAUCUCAGCUUCCAGACAGUAGACGACUCGGAGGCUGCACCCAACAUCCCCCUGGUGCUGGAUGAGGAGCUGGAUGCCAUGAAGAUCAAGAUCUCCCAGAUCAAGAGUGACAUCCAGAGAGAGAAGAGAGCGAACAAGGGCAGCAAGGCCAUGGAGAGGCUGAGGAAGAAGCUCUCGGAGCAGGAGUCGCUGCUCUUGCUCAUGUCCCCCAGCAUGGCCUUCCGCGUGCACAGCCGCAACGGCAAGAGUUACACGUUCCUGAUCUCAUCUGACUAUGAGCGGGCCGAGUGGAGGGAGAACAUCCGGGAGCAGCAGAAGAAAUGUUUCAAGAGUUUCUCCCUGACGUCCGUGGAGCUGCAGAUGCUGACCAACUCGUGCGUCAAGCUUCAGACCGUUCACAGCAUCCCACUGACCAUCAACAAAGAAGGAGGAUGGACCCUCACCUCUCUGGUCUCUCGCACAGAUGAUGAAUCUCCCGGGCUCUACGGGUUCCUGAAUGUCAUCGUCCACUCCGCCACUGGCUUUAAGCAGAGUUCUAGUCUGUACUGCACCCUGGAGGUGGAUUCCUUUGGCUACUUUGUAAAUAAAGCCAAGACACGCGUCUAUAGGGACACGGCUGAGCCCAACUGGAAUGAGUUAACUCGGGGCUUUCCUUCUCUCUCGGGGCCACAGGAGUUUGAGAUUGAGCUGGAAGGCUCACAGACCUUGAGGAUACUGUGCUACGAGAAGUGUUACAACAAAAGCAAGAUCACCAAGGAGGACGGCGAGAGUGCGGACAGGAUCAUGGGGAAGGGCCAGGUGCAGCUGGACCCCCAGGCCCUGCAGGACAGAGACUGGCAGCGGACCAUCAUCGCCAUGAAUGGGAUUGAAGUGAAGCUGUCAGUCAAGUUCACCAGCAGAGAGUUCAGCUUGAAGAGGAUGCCUUCCCGAAAACAGACAGGCGUCUUCGGAGUCAAGAUCGCCGUGGUUACCAAGAGGGAGCGUUCCAAGGUGCCCUACAUCGUGCGCCAGUGCGUGGAGGAGAUCGAACGCCGGGGCAUGGAGGAAGUGGGCAUCUACCGUGUGUCCGGAGUGGCCACCGACAUCCAGGCACUGAAGGCGGCUUUUGACGUCAACAACAAGGACGUGUCGGUGAUGAUGAGCGAGAUGGAUGUGAACGCCAUUGCCGGGACACUGAAGCUCUACUUCCGAGAGCUGCCUGAGCCCCUCUUUACCGACGAGUUCUACCCCAACUUCGCCGAGGGCAUCGCUCUCUCAGACCCCGUGGCAAAGGAGAGCUGCAUGCUUAACCUGCUGCUGUCACUCCCGGAGGCCAACCUGCUGACAUUCCUCUUCCUUCUGGACCACCUGAAAAGGGUGGCAGAAAAGGAGACAGUGAACAAGAUGUCCCUGCACAACCUCGCCACGGUGUUCGGCCCCACACUGCUCCGGCCCUCAGACAAGGAGAGCAAGCUCCCCGCCAACCCCAGCCAACCCAUCUCCAUGACCGACAGCUGGUCCCUGGAGGUCAUGUCCCAGGUCCAGGUGCUGCUGUACUUCCUGCAACUGGAGGCCAUUCCUGCCCCAGACAGCAAGAGACAGAGCAUCCUCUUCUCCACCGAAGUCUAAAGGCCCAACUCCACCUCCAAGAUGCCGGCAGAACGGCCUGGGAACCUCCUAGGGAAACGGGCUAUCCACAGAGCGGGAACCGAAACUUCUAGAGGAGUCAUUAGGCCAACCCCCAGGGCCAGGCUGCUGCCAAGAGACAGCUACCCAAGGCAAAAGGCCAAGUGGCCUGGGCAGUUCCAGGCCCCCCUCUGGUGGGGCCUGAGAAUUCUGGGCUGGCCUCAGACUGUGGUUUUCUACGCCGCCACCAGAGGGCGCCCCAAGCCAGCCC